UAUUCAUUGUUUUCCUCCCAAAUUCUGUGAGGUGUAAGAGCUGUGCAAUCCCGAAUCCCAUACGCUUCUCAGAUUACACAUUCAGAAUUGUGCCUCUUGCUACAGAGUCAGACUUCCCUGUGGGAGGAGCUUUUAGCUGCUUGCAGAUGGAGAGAUAGUCGUCCCAGAGUGGAAGAAGACAAUUUGUUGAGGAGCAUGUCGUGUCAGCAGGACGUGGUGUACUGGUGCAGCUGGGGCUUAAUCUUAGCCUCGGUGGCCUACUUCAACAGGCAGAGGAAGACAGAGACUCCCUAUGGCCGAUAUUUGGACACCUCUAAACCAGCCCUUAUGGUUCCUGCCAAAGUGGCAUGGUUCCUUCAGGAGCUGCCUUCCUUCCUGGUGCCGAUGGUCCUGCUCUACACUGCGGAUGAAGUCUCUGCCAUGGGCCGGAACCUGCUACUGUCCACCUUCUGCUUGCACUACUUCCAAAGGACAUUCAUAUACUCCCUGCUGAACAAGGGCCGGCCCACCCAUCUUCAGAUCAUGAUCUCCGCCAUGAUCUUCUGCUCCAUCAACGGCUUCUUCCAGGGGUACAACAUGCUACACUGUGCAGAAUAUGCAGAAAACUGGUGGGCAGAUGUUCGCUUAUGGACUGGACUGAUAAUAUUCUUUGUUGGAAUGGCCAUUAAUAUUCACAGUGAUCAUAUUCUGCGAAAAUUAAGAAAACCAGGAGAAGUCACCUACAAGAUUCCAAACGGGGGCCUGUUUGAGUAUGUCUCAGGUGCCAACUUCUUUGGGGAGAUCUUGGAGUGGACAGGCUACGCUGUGGCGACCUGGACUCUGCCCGCUCUUGCUUUUGCCUUUUUCACCCUGUGCUCCAUUGGACCAAGAGCCUGCCACCAUCACAGGUUCUACUUGAAACAAUUUAAAAAUUACCCCAGAUCCCGAAAAGCUCUCAUACCUUUCAUCUACUGAGGGCUGGAGAGAGGUGUGAAGCAAGGGGGGGGGGAUACCCACAGCUCACGGAGCACCCUAAGGAACAGACCAGCCUGUGACACAGGGACCGAACGUCAUGAUUUUGAAGCUCAACUAUGCAAGCCACGUUGCCAAGUCUGAAGAAUCUAGAAGCAGUAGUGGUGAAGCUUUGUCCUCUGAAUUCAGGGCAUAAUUUUCAGCUUCAAUAUUCACGUUUCCUUGAAUUGUACUUUAUUUUCCUUCUCAGACCUCAGGGUAAGGCUUCCUGUAAAUACUGCAGGGUGCUACAUCAGUUCACAGUGACUCAGAGCACAUGUUGAAAUGUGAACUAUCAGCACUGCCUGCAUAAUGACAAUGUGACAAUCUCUCUUUUAGCUUUAUUCUUAAUAUCUCCUUGAUGUAUUUGAAAGUUAAAGGACAAAGUGAAAAUGUAACGCAAUAAAAUGCAUGCAUCAUUGAAACGCAUAUAUUUAAGCGCCACCCAGUGGUAGAGGACGAAAGCUGGUAGAGCACAUCCACCACAGUAAGUCUGCAGGGGCUGCUAAUGUAAACAUUAGCCAUUGUUAGAUAUAUUACCCGGAAAAAUCAUGACGUAAAGGUUAAGGCCAAAGAUCUGUAAGGGCAGUUCAAACUCUAAACAGCGUCAGCCGCAUUUAUGUAAUUAAAGCAAGAAUAUGUAUGCAA